UUUUCUCUCUUGUUUCAAAAUGACGGCAGUGGCAUCAUCAUCAAAAGGAAGUUUUCCAUUCUCGCACGGAAAAAAUUCAUUAAAGUUUGACAAAUUUGUAUCAGAAAUACCACUCUUCUAUUCCUCACCCGCAGUCAUUGAAUCAAAUAAUCCCACAUUCCGAACCACAGCAUCCUUAGCAUCGUACGUUAAUGACCCAGAGCUGUAUAUGGGAGAAAAUUGUGAUGCAGGAUAUGAACAUAUGUUGAUGAAUUCAGAUUUGUGUCAAUUAUUAGACAAUGAUAUUGAUGGCUUUUCAAAAACAAAUCAAAACUUGGAUGUAGAUAUGUUUAGCUCACCAGAGAAACGCAGAGCUCAAAAAAGAUUACAAAUGUUAUUAACCCAUGUCAAUCACUCUUUCCUUAAAGAUACCACAAACAACACCAAAGGAAAAGGGAAAGAAAAAAUAGUAUAGAUGAUGUAACUUAUUUAUACGCUCUUGUACAUAUAUGAAAUAAAUUGUUUUUUACAUCUGUUUGUCAUGGCGCAUGAUGGAUGAACGGGUUUUUAAAAUUCUGGAAAUAACGCUAAAAAAAAAGGGCCAUUUUAUUGCAUUAAAGGGAUUAGAAUAAACAUGCAACAGCAAAAACGAUGAGCAUAUAUAUGAAACAUUUUAUCAUAUUAAUAUGGGACGCCAUUGACGCUACUUUUUGUGGAUGUGCCGAAGCUCUUGGGGGAGGGACAUUAUAUGGGCUGUUGUGAUUUGGUUGAUCAGUUGACGUUAAGUAGCUU